AAGUGCGAGUUGAGUUCCAGCUUCAGAUUAUAGUGUUGUUCGCUGCGGUGGCCGUUACAUGGGUUUUUCGACGUCAGGGUGUAAAGGUCUUUAAGAAAAUUAUCACAUGCUGUUACUGUCCACUCGUCUGUGAGCAGAGCGUGUUAUCUGUGGAUGUUAGUAUGAAUGGUAAGGUCGGGAAUGGAGCAGCGGGCGGUGUGCUGGCCUGUAUCGAGGGUCUUCCGCCGCUGCCCAAGAGCCUGAGCGGACUGCUCAACUCCAGCGGCGGCUCGUGGAGAGAGAUGGAGAGGAUGUACGUGAAGAAGACCAUGAUUCAGGACGACUUGAGCCGAGGAAGGAAUAACACGGACAGUGUGCUGGCCAAUAAACCAGCAAACCUGGAUGCCGCCCUUGCUUUGCUCAGAAAAGAGAUGGUUGGUCUGCGGCAGCAGGACAUGUCCCUGCUCUGUCAGCUCUGGUCCCUUCACGAGUCCAUCCAGGAGUACAAGGGCAGCUGCCAGGACCUCUCCGCUGUGUCCAGCGCGGAUGGACCCUACGGGAUGGAGAACGGUUAUUUCGACGAAGAUGAGGAAUAUUAUACUGAAUCCGGUAUGACGCCAGCCGAGACGCCCGAUGGAAAUGACACCUCUCCUAAAAACGGGACAUCCAAAGAAGGCUGGAUACAUGACUCGUUCCAUAUCACAAUCUAAAACACUUGACUUUUAUUCUGUAAUAAAUACAAGCUGUGCCAUUAUUUAGUUUGCUGGCAUUGUUUAGUUUUACAGCAGACUCUUUCUACAGGACAUAUAACUGAGAAUUAUUAUUUAUUGUAUGAUAUUCUAUAUAGUAUUAUUUUUCUUCUGAUUUAAUCAACAUUGGAAGUUUUAUAGGAUCUUUUUAAUAAGGGGUGAAGCAUAUCAUUUCAUAAUAAGGUUUACAGUAAAUCAUGUUAAACUUGUAUUGAUUGAUUUCUAGACAUUAGUUUGAUGCUUCACCCCUCUGAAUAUCGAAAAGUCUUAUUUCUUGUUGAGCAGUCGCUUGCUGGGUGCUUGCAGAAGACAGGGAUUUGUUUUUUUAUCGAAAAUAUGAAUUCUGAACAUGCUGGAAAUGCUAUGUAUUCUUUGCUAAACUGUAAUCCAGGGUCUAACCAGCGCAAAGAUCUUGUGACAGCAUCACCAAAACAAAACGCAAUGUCCCAGUUUGCUCUUUGCAUUAUGUAUUGUGUAACUCCUUAGGAACAUAUAGUAAAUUGAUAACCAGCUCCAGAACAUUUCAAUAGUAUUUCCUUCUCACCUUGUGUAAACCUAUCGUAGAUGGUGUAUUGUAGAUGUUUUAUUUAUUUCCUCAUCAUUGCUGCUUGGAUUCAGUCUUCCGUUGUGCUUGAAC